CAAAAGAAAGGCACGAAUAUUUUCAUUUGUUUUUUUAAUCUCUUAUAUUCUCAUCCACAAAUCGGCGCUCGUUUUCUCUAUGUUGUUCCCCUUCCCGCCGCUCUCUGUGAGCGAAGGACAACGCCGCGGGCGCCAACGGCGGCGAGGGACUUGCCGACGAGGCUGCGCGGCUGGCUGACCGGGCCCGCGAGCUACACGAUGCCGCUGCCACCUUCAUCUCCAGGUCCUCCGCCGACGAGCAAUCCCUCCGCCACCGCGCGCAAGCUAAGAUACUCCGUCGAAACUUCCCUCAAGAACUCCGCCGUCGAUGCGAUGGUAGUUACGAAGGUAGAGGAAGAAUUGAACAGGGCAAGAAGGUAUGCCCUUAAUGAUGAUGAUGCCGCGUCCCUUCUUCCUAGCAAGGCUCAGGGUAGGUUCCUGAAGAUGUUUCUUGGCGCUGUGAAUGUACGCGCGACGAGGAAAGAGGUUCAACUCAAAGUGAAGGAGUACAACAACUAUAA